GAACCAUUCGGGAACCCUCGUAAUUCAUCCUACAACAAAUCGAUUGGGAAAAUUCCUAGGAACACUUAACACUAGGCAGUACAAUACUUUUGUAAUUAGUCAAGCAGCAUCAACAUCGACUGCUUCUUCAUCAUUGUCGUCGCCGUCGUCGUCGUCAUCGUCGUUCUCAUCAUCACCAUCAUCAAAAACAACACGGAUCCAUACGCCAAUAUCCAUACCAACAACGACUUUUGAUCCCUUUGUUCGCCCAGAUAAUUGCUCAGCUUGCUUCAUUUAUAACUUUGCGUUCAUUCACGUCAACAAGGACAUUUGCAGUGAGAAUCAAGCGUCAAAUAUAGAUAUCGUUAUUUUGAUAUCGACUACACAUGACAAUCGGUACAAAAGAGAGGUUAUACGAAAGACGUGGAUGAACAUUUCUAAAAAUAACACCUCCAACGUGCGUUAUGUGUUCUUGCUUGGUUCUCAGUCAAAGGGGAAAGUAAAUAAGGAAACUGCCGGAGAGUUCACUAAAUAUAAAGACAUGGUACAGGAGGAUUUUAUCGACACUUAUAACAAUCUUACAUUAAAAACUUUGAUGGGAUUUAAAUGGGUAAGUCUAUAUUGCUCGUCUGCAAAAUUCGUUAUGAAAACGGAUGACGACAUGUAUGUCAACGUCACUAAUUUGUUAAAGACGGUACGUGACCACAAGAAGAAGCUGGAGAGUUCUGUUGGAGGGAGCUGUAAAUAUGUUGCCUAUCCUGUACGGGAUAGCAGAUCUAAGUGGUAUGCGUCCAUCAAUCAGUACCCGAGGUCCAAGUACCCGGGCUACUGUUCCGGUACAGGUUAUGUCACUACUAUGGCCGUCAUGCAAAAGGUUUAUGAAGUUUCGAAACACGUCCCGUUUUUCUACCUGGAGGAUGUUUAUGUGUCCCUGUGUGUCGAACGUCUGGGAUAUACGUUAACGAAUUUACAGGGAUUUAGUUCUGUACGUUGGCCGUUGGAUAGUUGUGUGUACAAGGGCACCGAGAUGAUAACGUCGCAUGGACUAAGCGCACAAGACAUGCUUACCAUGUUUACAAGUGAUUGUAAAUAAAAUAAAACUAGGACUGAUAAAGGAUGAGCAUGGUUCCUGUGAUUCAUGGUGACAUAACUCCCGCAAGUUCACCAAUAUGAAUAAUACAACCAGUGUUUCUCUUUUAGGGCGAUUUUUUUCAUAAUUGGCGUGGGUAGACAAACAUUAAAUUGAAAACAAAAAGAGCAUGUAAUUGAAGAACAUAACAAUUGUUUAAAGACGAAAAAAAGAUAAGCUAAUUCAACAUUUUUUCUAGUAGUAUCAGCCAAUCUCCGAGUAGAAGACCAGCAGACAAACAUUAUAUAUAUUCCCAAUAUUACUGCAUUAAUUGCCUAGUUUUGAGGCUGGUAUGCCUCUCUAUAGCUGACAAAAGAUAAACUAAGUAUCGCUUGGCCUGAGUAUAUAAAUCAAUCUUUGAUAAUGUGUCAUUUCGUAGCAUUCAGGUUGUCUGCAAAAGAGAUCUUCAUGUUAUGAUUUCAGUGAACUAUUUUUAUAAAGACGUAAGCAUUAAUUUAUAAUGUAUUAUUGACUAUGU